AAACCUGAAAUAUAAUGUAGAAAAUCUUAUAUAUGAAAACAUAUUUAAUGCUUCUUGAAGUUUAUGAUGUUAAUACAAUGAGAAACUGAAAUUGUUAAUGAAAGUGUUAGUGCUGCUCAUAAAUAAAACCAGAUGUCAUUUUUAUUGUGCAAUUAUGUUCAGUUGAAGCAAAAAGCAUGUAAAAGUGAAAGCGAAGAAAAUAGAAUAAAUAAUUAAGUCUACACAUGUCACAUGACUCGCAUCAUCUGGCCAAGGUUUUUCAUCAAGCUGUUAGUACUCUAACAAUAAAAUGGAAACUCCUGAAAGUUCUUCUGCUUCUUCCAUCAGCUCUGAAUCAAUUUCAGCUGAAAAUGAUGUUUCUGAUGACGUGUUAAACAAAGAAAUGCUCUCACAAGAGCUCAACUCUUCCUCCAGUCCCUCAAAACUUCCAGAAUUGCAACAUGCAAUGAAAAAUUUCACCACCGAUGGAGGACUUGUGAAUGGUUAUGUCAGUUCCAUUCUUCAUGAUAAAUUUAUCAAGAAUAAUUCUGAUAAUAGCAAUAAUUAUAAGUUUGACAUUGCAAAUUCCAUAAUAAAUCAUAAAUCUGCUGAUCUUAUGAGACUCCUGAAAACUGCUGCUUUGCAACUCAAUGACCCACAGACAUCGGACCCAAUGAAAGUUGCAGUUGUAUUUGCUCUGGAAAAUGUUCUUGUGAAAUUCUUCAAUGAUUGUGAGUCAAUUCAUUCUGAGCCUUCUUUCAUUGAACUCUUAAUCAAUGUUUAUGAGGAAGUGCUUGGUUUGGAACCCUGCAUACCAUCAGAUUUAAUAUCAGUUUUAACAUGCCCCUUCAAAAAAGUUUUGCAUCCCAUCUUGGAAAUGCCCAACAUGAUGGAACAUGAACCUGAUAGCACUCUUUCUGCCAUUAAUUUUUGUAAAUUUAAAGAGUUCAGUGAACGAAUCAUGUUGAACAGUGAUUCUAUUUGUGUCAAAGAAGAAAAGGAAGAAAGUCCACAAAAUUUGCAGUUCAAUCGAGAAUCAAUUAUUCCUCUUCUUGAUAGUGUUAGUGCAGUAUUCACUCAAUUUUUCCCUAGUCUUUACGGGCAAAAUGGCAAAGACUGUGGUAGUGUUCAUGAUUAUCUUUCAAGUAUAUCAUCUUUGCCAUGCAAUAAUGAAGUCAUUUGGAGCCAGCUACCCAUAGUGUCUGAGUCAUGCCCUAUAUUCAAUGGUCAAGACAUUAAUUCAGUUGAGAUGCAAUCAUCUGGACAUAAGAAAACCAAGAAAAUUAAAGUUCCUUGGAAAUCGUUUGCUCAAAAGGAUACUGAUGAUCAGCUAGUCAACAAUGAGAAUGGAGAUGCACAAGAGAAGUUGUUGCUUGAUAUGGCAGCUUUUCCUAUGAGAGGUAAUGGCCUUACAUGUGAUAGCCCCUUCACCAGUGACAGUCGAAGUUGCUGCGCCUUUGGCUGCUCCAGUCCCGUGAUACAUCAAGAUCCUCACAAUACCUGUGCUGCCCACGCUACCUGCUCCCUCACGCUCGUGUUCACGCCUUGUUCAUCAUGCCUUGAAUUGGCUACUAAAGUAGCGUCUGCUCCAUCGGCGGUGUGGAAGGGCAUUCUCUCAUUUCGCUUUAAUCAAUUAAAAUGCCUAAGAAAAUCUAAUGGGUUCAACUUUGAUAUAGCGUUUUCUAGUGAUGCCGUCAAAUAUUUUUUUGAGAUAUUUGACUCGGCACUUAAAUUUGAUGAAUUGACUUUUAAGCUACGACUCAGCGAAUUGAUUUUCCGGAAUAUUUUCUCGGCAUCAAGCGAGCAGCACCACAAUUCUGAGGCGGGAGUUUUAUCGACGCUGUACAAUGGCUGCGGAAGUGAAGCACCUCUACCCACUGCAUCUCAUAGUCGUCCAUCUUCGCAGACUGCCAUUCUCAAUGGCGCUGCGAUUCACUCUCGCCUCAAACUAAAAAAGACUUCUGUUCCACGAAGGAAAAGUAAAGACUCCAGACAUAUAUCUGCCGAAUUCAGUGCAGCCGCUGACGGAGAUGUGCCCAACGGAGCUGCAUCGUGUUCCGGCAAAUCUUUGGACUGCGUGGGCUCUCCAGACCUGGCGAAGAUGGUGGUUCCUAGUGAGGACCCUGCCAUUAAGCAGUCCCUGCAGCAGCUGCUGGCAGUCGACACGAAUAACGUGAACAUGUGUGACGCGCCUGACGAGUCUCGCCUGAGCCGCAUGCUGUUAUCUGACCCCAGGUCCUGGGAUACAAGUCUUAUUGUGGCGGCCAUCAGGGCAAGGAAGGGCAUCUUCAAGGAAGAAAAGGCGUCCAAAGCUGUCUUGAAAUACGUGCGCGCGAGCCUCUGCAAGUCCCACCACGAGGCGACAUGUCUGGCGGAAAUCUUGGUCAGCGACCACCCGCGUCUGGAGAUCGCACACGCCAUGUUGGUGAGCGCACACCUUCGCCUGGGGCUGGAAGAGCAAGCGAUGCGCUGCUGCCAACGCUGCAUCGCUGUCGUCGCCGAUGCUUCCGUCAUCAAAGAAUUCGUCCUGAACAGGGACUGCCGGCCUAGCACGAGCACUGCAGUGGAGGGCGGGCGUGGGAGCUUCAGCAGCGACGUCUCUGGGGAGCUGGCGACGUCUUCCCUCCAAGACGAAGCUUCCUCCCACGACGGUUUCUCGCCAGCACCGGAUCGUUGCUGGCGAGGCUCUUCGUAUCACAUGAAGUCCUGUGAUGAGAACCUCUCAACGGCUCGCGCUUCGGACCCCGUUGAACCUGCCGCAUCUGAUCAAGUCACGAGCCCCUACAGUGCUGGCGCUGUCAAUAAUAAAGUAAAUGCUGUAGUUCUACAGCCAUCACUGGCCUCAGCUCGCUGUGCCAAAGGCCCCAACUCGGACCCGAGUACGGCACCUGGAGCUGCCGAGCUGCCCAACGAGCUCAUCGCGUCCAUAAUCCAGCGGUCGUCUGCCAUCCAGGAAGACUCGAGUGAACAGCAGCUGAGGGAUGACUCGGUGCAGCUUAUAAGUGACGAACAUCUCGUCGCGCUCAGCGUCCGGCAGCUCAAUCAGCUCUUCCGAGGCUUGCCGCCAUUUCUCAUAAAAAUUCUCAAGCAGAGAAGAAGGACGCUCAAAAAUCGCGGGUAUGCAUACAGCUGCCGCCUCAAGCGUAAGAAUGAGAGUGAGUCGCUCAGUGUCAAGUGCAGGAAGCUCACAAAAGCUCUGAAUGAAGUUAUCAAGGAAAAUCAGAACCUCAGAGGAGCAAACAAGACUCUACGGAAUGGCUAUCGGCAACUUCUUCAAAGAGUCAUGUCUUACGAAAUUGAUUUUAAACAAGACGCUGAAGUUGAGAGCUUGAUGUCAAAGCCGGAUCCACCUCCGUCCUUGAUGCCGUUUGCCGACUUCCACACCAGAGAGCAAGACGAUGAUGAAGAUGAUGCUGAGAGCGGCGAUGAUGUUGUAUGAUGUCGUGUUUCUAACAUAAUUUUAAACUUAAUUAUAAUCUAUCAGCUAUCGAUGGCUUGAAAUCCUUCGCGAGACUACGGUUCGGGAGUUAUUUUAUUUUAUAAUCUGUUAAUCGAUCGUUACAAGAAGUCAACUCAUACGGUAGCUCGAGGACUUGUGUGUCAGCAUUUGUAUCGUCCCAACAAACCUCUUGUGAGAACUAAACAUUCGUCUGCUGGGAGUGUAAAUUAUUAUUAAUCGACCUUGCUUGAUCAAUUUUUUUCAUAAUUUAACGCAUCUCUUCGUAGUUAUUUCACUAAUGUAUUUUUGAUAGGAAUGAAAUCGGGCAAAAUGUUCUAAAAUGUGUCGAGUCUUGAACUUUUUGUCUCUCAUAACCUGAUGACUAUUGGUGUAAUAAUGCUAUAAAUAUGUUUCAAUUUAAUGUAUUGAUUCAGGCAACUGAUGUGCUAAAUUAAUCUUGCAAAUUCAAUCACAAAUUUUGCCUUCAAGUGUGAGAUACAUAUAUAUAGUUGCUGACGUAGUUUGAAUCGUUCAUCAAUAUAAUAUUUUGUGUAACAUGAUUAAUAUAAUUUAUCUUUAAGGUGCGAUUCGUAAAUCAGAUUUAUUGUAAUACUUCUAGCUUUAGAUUCAAUUGUGCCUUAAUACAUUAAGAUUACUAGACAUUGCUGUUAUAAGUUGUAAGAGCUUCCCUCCGCUGCUAGGCUGUCUGCGUGUACCUCAUCGUGAAACUCCAAGCAAACUCGUGUUGAAAUUAACGUAAAUCUCAUACUGGCUUUUAUUAGAUACGAUUUGUUUGCUCUCAAUUUGAUUUUUAUUGCUUUUU